CAGUUGAGCGCUCAUCAGACAACAUGAACCAGCCACUUAGAAAGUCUCAGUCUCUGCGCUGCUGCUCGUUCCUCGAAGUCAAAAGUAAAUAUGGGGCAGAAUUUAGGAGGUUUUCCCUGGAUUGUUGUGAGCCUGGCAGGUAUAAAGACUUCCACAGGCUCAUUGUGCGUUUACAUCACUUAUGGCAAAUGGAUGUCCUUAUUGGCUAUGCGGAUGUCCAAGGAGAGCUACUGCCCAUCAAUAAUGAUGACAACUUUUGCAAAGCUGUGACCUCCACACAAUCUUUACUGCGUGUCUUCAUUCAGCUUCAAGAAGAAGCUGACCAGAAUCUGGCAGGUGCUGAUGAUACAACAAAGCGAAAGAAACCUGUCAGCCAGAGAAAAACACCAUUUCAGAUCAGCAUGCCACAGAACUUCCGCCCUGUUUCUUCCAUCAUUGAUGUUGACACCAUACCAGAAUGCCACAGAAGAGUGCGUCUGUAUCGCCAAGGCUCGGACAGACCUCUGGGGUUUUACAUCCGUGAUGGCACCACUGUCAGGGUUACUCCUUACGGUCUGGAAAAGGUUCCGGGCAUCUUUAUCUCACGCAUAGUACCUGGUGGACUGGCGGCUUGCACGGGACUGCUGGCCAUUAAUGACCAGGUCCUGGAAGUGAAUGGUAUUGAUGUUUUGGGGAAGUCUUUGGAUCAGGUAACCGACAUGAUGAUCGCCAACAGCCAUAAUCUCAUCAUCACAGUGAAACCUGCAAACCAGCGUAACAACAUAAGGCGAAAAAGCUGCAUUUCCUCAAGCUCAGGACACUAUUUUAAUAGUAUGCACACUGUAACCUAUCAAGGGUUGCCUAUGAUAAUGAAAGCUUAUGGUUUAGGUAAUGGCUCUGAGAGCAAAGAAGAUGCAGAUGUGGUCAAACACCUAUUCCAACAUUUGGGUGUUUUUGCCGCCUCUCAUUUUUCUCAGCCACAUGUUAAUACUUCCUACAGGCCCCAAGUUUCUGCUAGACGGCCCAACUCACUAAUUUCGGCAGCCUCCUAUCACUCUCAGCCUUGUCUCGCCCAUACAGCUCACACUGAACACAGCGUCCCUCUUCACAGGAAACGAACCUCCCAACAGCAUCUCAGCUGUAAUCCAGCUAUCAGACAGGGAAGCUCCAGUACCCAUGACAUUCUAAACACGUGGCACGUAGAUCUGAGUCGCCAUUUACUGCUGCCUCAGGGGGCAAUGGAGGAAGAUGGAAUUGUUGUCAUUUUGUAAAAUAUAAACUUUCGAAAAUAAACCACCAAUUUUAAACUGCACUACAAUUUAUAAAUGACUCUAUAUAUAAUUACUUGCAUGUCAAGUUUUACUGAUAUCUUUUAAUCUAUAGUAUCUUUUUACUAUACAGUAGAUUAGGUAUGUUAUGAGAAUUUUUUGUUGUCCAUCAUAAAAAUACACUAUAAAUUUAAAUUCUGUCAUCAUUUACUCACCCUCAUAUUGUUCCAAACCUGUAUGAUUUUUAUUUUUGUUAUUUUUUUGGGAGCAUAAAUGAAGAAAUUUUGAAAAAUGUUGUUGUCAGUGGUGACAAUUGACUUUAAUUGUAUGCCUCAAAAUAUUCUAUGUUCCACAGUAGAAAGAAAAUCACAAGUUUGGAAUGACAUAGGGUUGAGUGAUGACAGAAUUUACAUUUUUGGGUGAACUAUGCCUUAAAAUACAAUUAAUUGGAAGAUACAGUAAUUUUACAUUUAACUGAAUGUAAAGUCUGCUCAAAUACUUUGUAUAGUAUAAACAUAACUGAAAACUCCAAUAAACUGAGAUUAA